AUGCGCUGCUCCUGUUCUUGUUUCUACCAGAAAGGAGAGCUCCACCGUGCUUACGGCAACAACAAGCUGUGUCAGGAUCAGGUUUAUUUCAGCACCGGCGUGGUGAUCGGGGGCACCAACUCCUACUAUGCCCUCUCCGAGCUCAGGAUCUACGGCAGGCUCUACGACGUCAACUGGACGCUCUCCUUCUACUACCGCUCGGCGGAGGUGAAUGAUCUGAUGGUCUGCCUCUCGGACCAGUGCACGGAUACCCUCCUCACCGCCGAUAACCAGUGGAACAUGUUUGUAUCGAACUCUUACAGCAUCGGCAUUGGAGACAGGUUCCUUGCCUUCUCGGUGAUCCCACCCACCACGGCGGCCGGCUUCUCUUACCUGGAUCUCGAUGAGUUUCACAUUCCCAAAGCAACGGGAACAGGCAGAAGAAAUCCUUGCACGAUAUCUGCAAGUGAACGUCAUCUGGGCAAAACUCGGUCAAGAGCAGACAGGAACAGGGAAGAGAAGAAGGCCAGCCAGAGAGGAAGGGAAGCCCUCAAACAAGAGAAGGAAAGGAAAAAGGGAGGCUAG